AUGUCGAUUGCGGAAUCAUAUCCAGCUAGAAGUUUUGUAAACACAUCACACAGUGGUGAUGUUCCUUAUAGUACAUGUCCUUUUGAUCCCAGUGCCCACGGUAUAUAUACCGUACAGGUAGGAAACCUAGAACCUUUUCAAGUUUCCUGCGAUGCAAAGAUCGCUGGUCCCGGUUGGACUGUGAUAGCCCGUCGAACAAACGAAGAUCUGUACUUUUUUCGCGCCUGGCAGGCGUAUAAGAGGGGAUUUGGGAACAUCACAGGCGACUUUUUCAUAGGAAUGGAUAAGCUGCAUGCCAUAACAAAGUCACGGCCCCAAGAGCUGUACGUACACCUGGAGGAUUUCGAUGGAAGAACGAGAUAUGCGAAAUAUAAUGAAAUCAUCAUCGAAAGUGAAAAUGAUUCGUAUCGGAUGUCAAGGCUGGGAAGUUUUAGUGGAGAUGCCGGUGAUUCGAUGCAUAAAUGCAGGAAUCAAAAAUUUACGACCUACGACAGGGACAAUGAUUCCUGGAAAAAAGGUAACUGUGCAACGGAACGCAGGGGUCCCUGGUGGCACCAAAGCUGUGGAGAUAGUAAUCUUUUCGGCUUGUAUGUGAGGGGAACCGUUUCUGGCAUGAAGUGGAAUGGAGUGACAUGGGACUCUUACCGAAAUGACUAUUCAAAUAAAAUAAUUCAGAUGAUGGUUCGUCCAAUAUGA